AGAGGCAAAGAACGGAGGAGCCUUCCGCUGCUGAAAACCCAAAGGCAAUCAAAGAGUAAAUUAGAGCAUCUCAAAGGACGUGUUUGGUUGCUUGCAUGAGGCCCAGCCUGGCCCGGGCGGGAAGAAUUUGGCCCGUUUGGUUUCCUGCAUUCAUUGUGCGGCCCGCAUCGCACGAAGCUUAAAGCACGUCCAGGCCAGGUCCAGGGGCAACGCACAAAUCGGCGGUAGCUCGCAAGCCUGGCCAGGGCGAGGCAGCGGAGGGCGACGCGCUUCUCCCCUCGUGCGAGCAGGGGAGAUGGCGCGAGCUCGCCCGCGUCGCCGAAAAAUCGGCGGGAGGAUUUCGGCUCACCUCCCGCCGCUCCACCCCCUAUUUAGCCCCUCCCUCACCGCCCCAACUCCCGCCACCAUUCUUCCUCCGUUCGCGCUUUCCCGCCGACGCGCAUCGGCACCGACGAGCAGGUAAGCGGCGCAUCUUCAUCGGCCGGUUGUCCACGGCGUUGGAGCUCCUUCACUGGCCGGCGUUCAUCUUCCACCACCGUCCCCCCUCGUCCUCAAGCUGCAGCCAUGGCCUCUGACAUGACCACGCAGACGCAAGAUCUUAGUCUGGCCCUUGUCGUGUCCGACAGCCAGUUUGCUCCAUCGUUUGUCGAGGACUCGCAGCCUAUGUCCGAGAUGGCACCUGAUUCAGAGGUGUUCGAGUCUGAUUCCCUCUAUGUGUCAGUAGUGCUCGUUGAGCCAACUAAUACUGCUGCUGCUGCCGCUGCACUCAAGCUAGCAGCAGCAAAGGCAAAGAAGGAUAGUAGGUCGAACAACAUGAAGUGGCAGCCGUUCAUGUCCACGUUCGUGCUGAACAAGAUGUGUGAACUCAUCUCUAGUGGAGUUAGGACUGACAAGGGCUUCAAGGAGGUGCACUUGAACACCGUUGCGAAGCAGGUGUUCGAGUUCUGUGGGCAAGAGGUGUCUGCCACCCAGGUGUACAACCACCUGAGGAAGUAGAGAAGUCGAUAGAUCCAAGUGUCCAAGCUGAGAGACCUUAGCGGCGUCUCAUGGGAUGAGAACACUUGCUCAAUAGUUCUGGAGGCAGAGCACUACGCCGGCCAUGUCGCGGACCACCCAAGGGACGCUGAGUUCCUCAACACACCCAUUCAGAACUACAACCAGAUGCAGCACAUCUUCUCCUUCGGGCUGGCAACUGGGAAGCAUGCCAUGGGCUCGGGGGAGCCUCUUGGUUCUCCCAUGCCUGACUUCCCUGGGACCCUGGACGUCGAGAUCCUUGAUGGCCCUGACAAGCCCGCUGCGAAGCCCUUCGACAAGCCAUUUGACCCCGUUGAUAGAAAGAGGAAGAGAGGAGGCCUGAUGGAGGAGGAGAUCAAUGUCUUCCGCAGCACGACUGAGGCGGUGAAGGAGGUGGCAACAGCCAUCAGGGAGUGCAAGCCCCUCGACGUCCACCCUAACCUGUAUGGCGCUGUCAUGACCCAGGGUGGCUUCAGCGACGAGGCUCUCAUGGCAGCUCUCAGCCACCUGCUUGACAACAAGGCCCAUGGUGUUGGGUUCGUUGCCAUGGUCGACGCUCACAGGAUGAUGUGGCUCAGGAGCUGGCUGGGCAAGCACUACUACUAGAGUAGUGCUGCCUGUGAGCGUGCAUGAUCCGCGACGGCGAUGGUGGUGGCGACGACGACGAUGAUGACGAUGACGACGUACAUUUUGUGUAGCUAGGGCUCAAAAACUAUUUGAUGGUCUGUAUAUUUUGGUGAGGUGGUAUAUACUAACCCCUCACGGUGACGGUGAACUUGCGGUGGUAGGACGACACCCUCUUUUGGAUGU